GACAGAAAGGCAGACACGCAGUGGGGGGAGGGGGAAGAGAGACAGAGAGAGACUGAGAAGACCUAUCUCUCCGAUGAAUUCCCAGACGAGGUCGCUGCUGCCCACACACCCGCUGGCAUAUUUCUUCUGGCAGAGUCCCAGAACGGGUGGGACUGCAUCUUCGCUGCACGGAAUUAGAGAAGGCCCAGUUCAGUCUGCAGUCUCCCCUGAACUCCACAGUCUCUGAUUGGGACAGAAAGACAGGUUGACAAACCCUAGCUCUUUCCGGGAAGUCAGCACUGUGUGGGGUUCUCUGGCAGUGGCUCUCAGAGUUUCAGGGAGUGGGUGGUGACUGGGCGGUCUGCAUUCAGUUCCACUUUCCAGUCCCCACCCUCAUUGAUUUCUGCCCGAAUGUUGAUGACGUCACACAUGUUCUCACUCUCAUUUGAAGUCGGGUUCUGAGAUAAUCCAAUCAAUCAGGGUCACUCUGGUUUGUAAAGGUGCCCAAAAUCCGCCCAGAACCAGACGCUCAGGGUCCCCAAGAAUGGGGGCCACUGUGCCCCCAGCUCUCGGACUGAUGCUUGCGGCACCUUUGUUUUGUGCUCAAACCCACACAGGCUCACACUCCCUGCUGUAUUUCCGCACCACCGUGUUCCGGCCCGGCCUAGGGGAGCCGCGGUUCAUUUUCGUGGGCUGCGUGGACUACACGGAGUUCGUGCGCUAUGACAGCCACGCGGAGACUCCGAGGAUGGAGCCGCGGGCGCCGUGGAUGGAGAAGGAGGGGCCUGAGAGUUGGGACCUGCAGACCGAGAAGGCCAGGACGCAAGCACAACUGUCUGGAGGGAACCUGAUGACCCUGCUUCGCUAUUUCAACCAGAGCGAGGACGGUGAGUGA